AUGGCUUCCACAAUUUCCCAUAAACGAACAAGCAGUGCUGCAGAUAACAACGCAAUAGCACCUGAGCCGAAACGGCAAGAUCGAGAGGAGGACUCGAAAGACACCUCUGCCUCAAAUGUGUCGACAGCCACUCCUCUAUAUGUUUACGUGGUGAUGAUAGACUCAUCUCCGCAGUAUAGCGAUGCGACUUCAGAUAUCCAUGGCAUUUACGCCUCCAUCAAGGACGCCAACAAUGCACUGAAGGGGAUUGCGAAUGGCUAUGGUGGAGUACUAGAUUGCUCAUUUGGCGCUGAACCCGAUGGCCGUGUCUUUUGGAGCUGCCAGGAUGCUGGAGAAGGCGAGAGCAUUGAGUUGGGGAUUGCGAGAAUAGAGGUUAAAGACGAGGGGUCCGAGCCCGAACGUAAAUGGCGCGAUUUCAACAAAGACUCUGAUGUAGAAUCUGGUGAGAGUCCAGCAGAGGAUGAGGAAAACGAGUUGGACGAGUAG